AUGGGACCAAAUAAUAAUGAUCAUAUCACCGGUCCGUCCCUGUUCUUGCUCGCUAUGCGAUUCUUCAACAACAUAAUGAAAAGACCCGACCUAGUCAUAGAGACGUGCCACAAUCUCAAAGGCUUGCAUUUGCUUGACUGGGUUCGGUCAACUUUUAUCCCACGCAAUGAAGAAUCGCCGCCACAAGAUGGCAACACACCGACCCAUAUUAUUCACUGCUUCUCGAAGCUCCAACGUGUGGGGAUUGAGCUCAAUCCGGGAGAGGCGGAGAGCUUCUUGGUGGUGAAAUUCAGGUACGGUGUGAUUGAGAUGCCGAGGAUAACCAUCGACAAUUUCAUGAGCUCCUUCUUGCUGAACUGUGUGGCGUUCGAGCAGUGCCACAACAGCACCUCCAAGCACGUUACCACUUACGCUACUUUCUUGGACUGCCUUGUGAACACCGCCAAGGACGUCGAGUACCUUAGCGACUGCAACAUCAUUGAGAAUAAGUUUGGCAAGGACGCCGAGCUUACACACUUCAUCAACAAUCUGGGUAAGGACGUGGCGUUUGAUAUUAGGCCUCGUUUGGUUCGUGGAUUAGACCCAUGA